AAUGUCUGCGGGGCCGUACAAUUACUCAUACAUUUUUAAAUAUAUCAUCAUAGGAGACAUGGGAGUAGGCAAAUCCUGCCUACUCCAUCAGUUUACGGAAAAAAAGUUUAUGGCGGAUUGUCCCCACACAAUCGGCGUUGAAUUUGGGACUAGGAUUAUUGAGGUUGCCGGACAGAAAAUCAAACUACAGAUUUGGGACACUGCAGGACAGGAACGGUUCAGAGCAGUAACGAGGUCAUACUAUCGAGGCGCUGCUGGUGCAUUAAUGGUCUAUGAUAUUACUCGUCGGUCGACAUACAAUCAUCUCAGCAGCUGGCUUGCUGAUACUAGGAAUCUUACAAAUCCCAGCACUGUGAUAUUUAUGAUCGGUAACAAGAGUGAUUUAGAAGAUCAGCGCGAUGUUACAUACGAGGAAGCAAAGAAAUUUGCUGACGAGAACGGUCUCAUGUUCGUCGAGGCGAGCGCGAAAACGGGACACAACGUAGAAGAGGCAUUUUUAGACACAGCCAAGAAGAUAUUCCAAAGUGUCCGAGAUGGACGUUUGGAUCUGAACGCAGCUGAAUCAGGAGUUCAACACAAUCCGAAUCAGCCGGGUCGUACCAAUUUACAAGGAGUCUCGAGCGAGCAGCCGGGAGGCAAGGACACUUGUUCGUGCUAGACCAACUAUUUUGUCUGUAUAUAGGCCCCACCAAAUCAUAUUUACUGAUACACAUAUAUAUAUAUAUAUAUACAUAUAUGAUUUAUAUAUGAUAUAUAUAUAUGAUUUACACCGAAAAUAUUAAUAGUAAAAGCGAAAGGAACGUUUAUACCCAGCCAGGAACACGAACACAUAAACACACAUCCUUCAAACACUGCUGCCCACAUUGAUCGUCAUUAAGAACUAAUAAUAAUGAUAAUAAUUGAAAAGGGAUAAAAAUGAUAAGAAUCCGAAUGCAGCACGAGUCUGACUAGGAUGUGCAAAAAGUAAAAGACUUGAGGCAGAAGCUGCGGCAAGAUUCAUAAAUCCUUCCAUUUCAUUUAUAAGCUUUUCUAAAGCGAAUCAUAGCGAUUCGUUGUUCAUCAAACUUAUCAUAUUUCAUCUGAGAGAACAAUUCCAUGAAUUCUAAGAAAUGCGAAUGGUGCACGAAGCCUCUUUAUAAAAAAUUAAAAACAAACGGUAGUGUCUUGUAUGAUAUUAUAAAUGAAAAAGGAAGUAGAAAGGAAAUUAUUUUCCUCAGAGGUAUUUCGGUACGCGUGUAAAACCGAUGAAAUCAACCACGAAAAAUGUUGCAUGACGGAGUUGAGAAAAAAAAAUUAAGAAAAAUUGUACUCUGUCAAAGAUCCAAAAUAAUACGUUCAAGUUCGUUCUUUUAGCUACUGCGCCAGUAUUUAUUUCGGGCGUUAUAGAUCACUUCUCGAAACUCAAUCGUUCGUCGGAAUUGGGCCUAAUCUAGAAAAAUAAGCUUUUGCUUACCGGAGAGAAUGUAGUUACAGGAGAAUCGCAUUGUUUUUAUUCAAUAUAAUAUUUCACGUUUCGUCAAAUCCUACUUUUAUUUACCAAUCAAAUGUUUUGUUCACAAUGGAGAUUUUUUUAAACUGAAAUUUCGUGCUAUUUUUCAUCGUCCAUUUAUCGACAUGAAAAUAUUCUCGCGAACGUCAUUUUUGGCAAAUCUACAUUUUUUGGACACGACUUAAUAUUUAUAGAAAAAAAACUAGGGAUUCAUUCAAUAUAUAAAUGCCUUUUUUUUAUAUAUAUUUCAAGGCACUCGCGUAUACUUUGGUUUUUGAUAUCGCGACUAUAAACUAAUAUAUCUAUAAUGCACAUCUCCUGUCUUUUUUAUGUCAAAACUUGGCACGAGAAUCUUCGUCGUUGCGAGGCAAAUUAUCACGUUAAAAUAUUGUCUUUUCUGUCCACUAUCAAUGUGUUUUCGUGUAUAUAUGAAUAUAUAUUUAUUUACAAGCUUUUUCAAGGCGAAUAAACGAUCCUACGAAUUCCUACUCUGAACGAAAUUCCGAGUCGAAAAUACUCGCAUUCUUUGUUUAUUUAAAAAUUGUCUUUCAAUGAAUUUUUUAAAAUCAAAGUUUACGAAAACGCCCUCUUUGAUUCGUAUUGUUAUUACGGACAGAAACAGACUCAAAGUGCAUUGGACUCGUCCCGUAGAACACAAAAUAAAACAUCUGGAUUGACUUUUGCUUCCAACAAAAUUAGGUACUUUUUUUGUUGAGUAUCGCAAUGCACGGAAAAAUAACUUCAGCGGUUGUGAACGGUACUGACGUUUGUCAACAAAAUCACUUGACCAUGAAAAACUCGUCGAUAGACUUUGAGAAAAUUAGACUCGUCGACUCGAAAUUCACUCCGCAGGACUUCCGUAGAGUAUCGAUUAUUCGAUGAAGCUUGUGCAAUAUAUAUAAAUAUGUACAUGUCACUUCUGCGACGAAUAUUUCCUUAAGAAAUGAAUCGCGGUCAUUUUUAUUAGACUCUGCCUUUCCGUUGAUUCAAGAUCAAAACUUCUCGAACAUGCGUAUAUAUUUACGUUGAACCGCGCGCAACCUAACCCCAACAUCAUUUUGUACGUUAAAAAGUGUUGAAUUCAUCAAAUAUGCUUUGAGAUGGAGACGAAGGAAAAAAAUUGGAAAAAAAACAACACCACGAGCCUUAUUCCGAACUGAAGAAUCGUGUUAAAUAUCGUCCAGCUAUCGAUUAUCAUUUCUGCGAUUACCCAAUAUUAUUACAGAGAAGAGCCGAGAAACGAGAGAACAAAAAAAUCGACGAAAUAACUAUUUAUCACGCGAAGGAGGCAAAUGGAAUAAAAAAAAAAAAAAACACAUUUUUAAAAC